AAACUACACUUCUUGUCACUUAUUUUUGUAAAUCCAGUUUGAAAGUUAACCUUUUUAUUUCUAACGUAUUUAUUUUUAUGCUAGCAAAAGCGCACGAAAUCGAAUUAUUCUGCCUACAAUCCUUCCUCUAAUCCUUAGAUCCUUUAUCUAAGCAAAUAACUAACAUGGUAUUUUUAAAUCAAUUUAAUAUAAACUAAAAAUAUGAAAAUUUUACUAGUUUUCAUUGUUGCAUCAGUGUUAUUGAUAUUGGACACAGCUACUGCGACUCAUUGUGGAUGUAAAUACUUAAGACAGUGCUAUAAACAGAUGUUAAAAAAUUUGCUACAAGCCGAUGAGGAUCCGUGUAUUGAAAAUGUUUCGAUUGGUGCCAGUACUGUCACAAUAUUUCUGAAAGCAAUAAGUGAAUACUGUGAACUUGUCGUCAAAGUGUACGGUAACAGCACAACCCACGAAGGCAGAAAUUUGUAUGAGGUAGUAAUAAACAGUACACUGCCUUCGGGUGCAGAUGAUCGUAAUGAGAAGAGACCCGUCAUUCUUUUGGAAGCUGGUCAGGAUGGUGGCACAGAGUCGGUAGAGUUGGCGCUGUUUGUGAUAGAACAGCUGGUGGCUUGCGGCGAGAACAAGGAUAUGAUCCAGAAAGUUCAAUGGGUUAUCCUACCUUCAACUAAUCCGGACGGCCAGGAAUAUGCUAGGGCUAGACGCGAACCAUGGAAGAAGAACUACAGUCCUAACGGCAAAGAUGUUUUAUCUUUUGGAGUAGACAUAACUAGAAACUUUGAUGACUCGUGGGGAAAUUGUGCCGCUGUCAAAAAUGCAUUUUCGCAAGAUUAUCCUGGUCUAAAACCAAACUCAGAAAUAGAAACCGCUUUUAUAAAUGACGUUUUUACCAGAUACAAAUCCAGGAUAAGCACGUAUAUUUCGCUUAGACGUGACGGUCAUGCUAUAUUGUACCCGUUCGCCAGCCGAAAUAACACAAUCACUACAAUAGAUAAAGUGAGAAAAAGAGCUGGAGAUAUAGCUGCGAAGGUCAAUCAAAGAGCUGGGGGCAUUCAGUGGUUUGUUAAUCAAAGUAUCUUCUCUAUGAAUGGGAAAGAACAUUGCGGCCAUAGCGUUGACUUAGCGUAUAACAAGUAUGACAUCAAAUACGCCUUUGAAAUGCGUGUGUUUCCCGAAACAGACAAUCGUAUAAUGUCAAAGUUCCAAAGUCUACCGAAGGGACACGAAGUCUCUCUCAGAACAGGAUACUUUAGUGGUAUCAGAGAAGUCUACAAUUUGUUAGUUAAUGAUAUGAGUACAAAACAGAAGGGCUAAAUAAAGUUAUGAAACCUCUAAAAUUGUUUAUGUAAGCACACCACGAUUACCCGAGGAGUAAAUAGGUCACGUAAGCUGCCAUGCAUCUUGCGAGAAUAACUCGUUAUGAAGGUUUAAGGUUCCUGGUUGACAAAUGGAGGGUGAAUAAUUAUUGAAUUGGGUCAAAAUUAUGUACUUUUGCUGGCACCUAUUAUGAUACAAUAUUUAUUUACUACAUAAUGGUAUAUCUACGUUGUAGGAGUCACUUUUCCACUUUUCGGUAGGAUGUCGGUCAUGCGCGCUGGUGGUGGUUCAUCGCGCCUGCGCUAGGGGUGGGGCCCGUGUCCGUUCAGCCCGCUAGCACUCUGUAGUCGGCCGUGGCGGCGGCGGCGCGUCUUCUUCCAACUCCUCUCAACACCUGCACUCCUAGUACCGCGAUAACUCAGCCGCCACACGCGAGCAAACCGUACCAUUUUCCUUCGUUCGUUUUUUUCGCAAUUCUUCUACUAUUUAAUUUAUUACGAAUAUUAUUUCUGGAGUGAUUUCGUAUUUUUCAGUUUUUUAACUAAAUAAA